AACCUGCAAACUCGGACAAAACCAGCAGUUGUUCGUUAUGCGCGUUUCUCUGAAACAAAAGAGCCAGAAAGGUUUUAUCAAAGCAUAAUGCAGCUAUUUCUGCCUUAUCGCUUUGAUAGUGAACUGAAACCUGCACAUUGUGAAACCUUUGGUGACUUUUAUCGUACUGGUGUGAUUAGUUUUGUUGAUGGAACAAGGCAUUCAGUAAAGUCUGUUGUAGAUUUAAAUAGGAGUGAAUUUGAGGUGGAAUCUGAUCAUUUUGAGGCUGUGGACAAUGUUACCGGUGAUGUAAUGCUGGAAGAUGCAUGGGCUGAAUUAUGUCCUGAGGUUGAAUUGGAACGAUUGGAGUGUGUGGAAUUACAAAGAGAACGACAAAUAGAAAACAGUGACCAGGAACAAAUCCCUGAUUUAAGUUUGCAGUGUAAAGAAUUUUCAGUAUUUGAGAAAAGAAAAACUACUAGAACUGAAGGCCUUGCAUUAAUUAGAUCUUUGAAUGAAAAACAGUUCUCUGUUUUUUAUCAAAUCAGGCAGUGGUCUCUAGCCAAAGUUAAUGGAAAAAAUCCUGAACCACUGCAUAUUUUUAUUACAGGUGGUGCUGGCACAGGAAAAAGUCAUUUAAUCAAGGCAAUUGAAUAUGAAUCCAAAAGGUUAUUGUCCACUGUGUGUCAGUCUCCUGACAACACAUGCGUGUUACUGACAGCUCCCACCGGCAUUGCUGCAUAUAAUUUAGAAGCAACAACAAUCCACACCACAUUUUCUAUUGGAAAGGAUGUACGCCUACCGUAUACUCCUUUGAGUGAAGAGAAAUUAAAUUCGUUGCGUGUCAAAUAUUGUGAUCUCCAGCUUCUUAUUAUAGAUGAAAUAUCGAUGGUUGAUCACAAUCUCUUAUCGUAUGUUCAUGGUCGAUUGCGUCAGAUAAAACAAACCGUAAAAUCAUAUGGGAAUAUUAGUAUAAUUGUAGUCGGUGACAUGUACCAGCUUCCACCUGUGAAAGGUAAACCACUUUAUUCUGAUGGUGUUGCCACAAAUAUAUGGUCAGAUUUAUUUAAAAUUGUAGAGUUAACUGAAAUAGUUAGACAAAAAGAUGCUGUGUUUUCUCAACUGCUAAACAGGAUGAGAACUCACUCCAAAGGCACACCAAUAUUGGCUGAUGAUUUACAGAUUUUAAAACGUUGUGAAACAGGUGAGGUUAGCUCAGCCUUGCACAUAUUUGCAACCAAUAAACAAGUAAAUGAGCACAAUAUUCAACGAUUAUAUGAGACUUGUCCUGAAUUUGUUAGCAUUGGGGCACAGGACUAUGUCAAUGAUAAGAAAACAGGAAAAUUGAGGUUGUUGGAAGGACAUCAUGCGAAAGCUUCGAAUACUUGCUUAUCGGAAGUGUUGUUAUUGGGUAAAGGAGCGCGUGUUAUGUUGUGUAAAAAUGUUGACGUUAGCGACGGUUUGGUUAAUGGUGUUUGUGGUACUGUUACAGAAAUAUUAAUACCAGAAAAGGACAAGUUUCCUAACGUGGUAUAUGUUAAAUUUGAUAAUGAACGUGUAGGCAUGCAGAAGAGGAAGAGCUGCCACUAUGCAUCAUCAGAUUUGGCUGGAUCCACACCCAUUGGACCUGAGGAGGAGAGAGCCACCGUUAAAGGUGGCAUGCGGCGACAAUUUCCACUCAAGUUGGCAUGGGCAUGUACAGUACACAAAGUUCAAGGACUAACUGUUGACGAAGCUGUUGUAUCUUUUAGUAAAAUAUUUGCACCGGGACAAGCUUAUGUCGCGAUAAGUCGUGUAAGAAGUCUUUUAGGAUUGACGAUUCAAGAUUUUAAUGAAAAAAAGAUAUAUUGUAAGGACGACAUUUUGGUUUCUCUUCAGAGUAUGACACCUCUUUUAAGUGUACCAAUUCAAUUGGAUCGAUUUAACACAUCUGUUUUUACUGUAUUCCUAAUGAACGUGCAAAGUUUGAAUCGGCAUGUAAAAGAUUUAUCCUGUUAUACAGAACAUUGGAAACCAAAAUGCAUUGCCAUAACAGAAACAUGGGUGUCUUCAACCCACACGGAUACAGUAAAGAUAGAUGGUUACAGCUUCACUAACCAUCCACGAUCUUUGUCAUAUACUAACAGGCAUCCGGAACUGAUUGCGUUACAAGACCAACAACAUGGUGGUGUUGGCAUCUAUUGUGCAGACGAUGUAGAGUUUGAAAUCCUACAGCAGCCAGAGCUAAAUUUGGAGUGUUUAGUGUAUCGGUUUUGUAGUUUUAACAUGGUGCUUGGGGUAAUUUACCGACCGCCACUAUACCCUCUGUCACUAUUUAAAAAUAAUUUAGGUGAAUUACUUGAUUGGCUUGAGAAACAAAGUGACACCAUUGCACUGAUUGGAGAUUUUAAUGACGAUAUUUUGAAAUCAUCAACUAUCACAAAAUUUGUUUGUGAUAAAGGAUACCUCCAAAUGGUUGUAGAAGCAACCACUGAAAAAGAUACUUUGAUAGAUCAUGUUUAUGUUAAAUCAAAGACAUAUAAAGUGGAGGCAGUAGUUGUGCCUACAUAUUUUAGUGAUCAUGAGGGUAUAAUGUGUGGUUUUAGCUUGUAA